GCGAGGCACAGGAGACCUUGCUGUCCCAGCUGCGUGCUCCAAGUCAGACCAAGCCACAGACAGAGAAGCCAGGCUGUCCUCGGCUGCGAUGGAGCUACCGCUGCUGCUGCUGGUGGUGCUGACUGGGCUCUGCGCGGGCAGGGUCCUAGAGAUGGUCCCCUACACGCCCCAGAUCACUGCCAAGUCGCUGGAAGGGAAGCUCACCGCUACCACCUUCACGCUGGACCAGCCCAUCUGCAUCUUCGAUCAGUACGUGAACAGCACCGAUGACAUCUGGCUGGUCGUCGCCUUCACUAACGUCACAUCCCAUUUCAAAAAUCCAACCUCAAAGAUCCGAAUCCCUCCCUACCAGAAGCUGUUGACCGCUCUCCAUUACAUGACGCUGAAGACUUCCCUAGCCUCCUACCCAUGUGCUGAAAACAGUGCCGCUAGCGUGCUCCGGGUUGGCAGUGACACCACCUGCAAAGAUGACGGCAGCCUGGAGUACUGCAACGGACCCCUGCCUCAUCCUGGUCCUUACAGAGUGAAAUUUCUCAUCCUGGAUACCAAUGGGUCCAAGGCAGAGACAAGAUGGUCCCAACAAAUUAUGCUGAAGCAAGGUCGCAAGGCGCGCUCCAUCGACACCUGGCCCGGCAGGCGCAGCGGCACCAUGGUCGUCAUCACCUCCAUCCUCUCCAGCUUCAUCGGUGUCCUGGUGAUCUUGUUCCUCUGCACAGUCGCCUACGAGUGCUUUAAGCUUUGGCGGCGAGAGGAGCCUGCAGUCCUGGAGGAGCCACGCGCCGGGUCCUUCAGAGAGAGGGAGUACGACACCCACCACAUCCCCCCAUCUCAGGCUUCACCCCAGCCCCCCAGCGAUGUGCCCCGGCCUCACUCACCAGCCGCUUCCUGCCGAACCGCCAAGAGCCCAGUUCCACCAGCUGCCACCGGAAUGCCCCUCCUGCUGGCACUACUCCUGCUGUCCACCACCACCUGCCCCAUGAGAGGCCAAGUCGUCACCAUUCCACGUGAGCCUGCAAUCGCUGCCCUGGCGCCGGAAGGGAACAUCACUUCUUCCACCUUUGUCCUGGAGCAGCCCCGCUGUGUCUUCAACAACACUGUUAGCGACACCGACGAGAUCUGGUUGGUGGUUUCCCUCAGUAGCGCGAUAUCCAAUUUCACCAACCCCACCUCCUUGCAAAGCCUCCCUCCCUUCUGGCAGUUCCCAGAGACCCCCAAUUACAUGACCAUGGGCACCUCCUCCUUAAACUACCCAUGUGAAAAGAGCUCGGGCCAGAUCACGGUGCUGCGCGUCGGGAACGAAACCGGGUGCGUUUUGGACAGAUCAAGACCAGAUUGCAACGGCCCCCUGCCUGGCCCAGGGCCCUACAGAGUGAAGUUCCUUGCGAUGAGUCCUGCGACUGGCCCCAAGGCUGAGACAAAGUGGUCAGCCCCCAUCACGCUGAAAACAGUGAAUGACCCCGCCAGCAUUGACACCUGGCCCGGAAGGCGUAGCGCGGGUAUGAUCGUCAUCACCACCAUCCUCUCCAUUCUCCUGGCUAUCCUGCUGGCCUGCUUCAUUGCCACGCUGGUCUAUGGAUGUUUGGACAUUUCCGAGAGUGCGGAGAUAAUGGGCAAGCAGGACCCAGUGACAGUGAAGAGAUACAACACCCACCAUAUCUACGACCAGCCUGCUUUCAAGAACUGAGCCCCUCCCACGAGACAGCCACCCCCUGCUACAACCCCAUCCCAUCAUGCGGGAGCUCCUCGGCCGACUCUCCGGCACAGCCUGUGUGCGCCGUGAACAGCACCGGGAGAGGCGGGGACCUAGGGACAGUGAUCCUGGUGGAACUCCCCCGCUUCUCCGCAGUAAUAGUGCCAGUAUCAGCUGAGAGCCCUUCCCCCUGCUCCUGCCAGGCUGUUUCUGCUCCCUCCCUUCCUCUCUCUGCGGCAUUCGUUAGCCGAGCUGAGUCCCAAGCCCCAAACCCAAAUACUCCAGUCCCAAGCUGCAGACUCAGAACCUGGUCCUCCUCCUAGUGCUGAUCCGCCAAUCACCCCUGACCUCCUGGGGGAGAUUUGACGUUGGUGUCAGUCUCUUAGGCUCGGGCGCUGUGUCAAGAACCCAGUAGCCUGGGGCCAGUGUUAUUUCCAAGUCUGUGGUACUUGAGCCCAGGGGGCAGUGGCCCCCUGUGGGUCUCUGGCUGCAGAG